AUUAUGGGGGUACAGAUUUUAAGGUUUCAAUAAAUGCCCAUUUCCCCCCCUCCCCCCAGGGAUAGACUUCUUUACUUUGCUAGCCAUUGCUAAACUUGCGCUCCAGAAAUGCUGACAUCCCCGUUCACAGUGAGGGAGGGUGUUUCCCUCUGUUUGGGAGCCUGGUGCUGUGAGGAGGGUGUCCAUGCAGGGGACGGGGACAGCCCAGAGCAAGGCUUCAGAGUGAGUGGGGAGGGUGUCUACACAGGCGCAGUGACGGCGGCAAUGGAAAAUGGGUUACAUGCUCAGGGGAUUGGCCUGAUAAGGAAAUACGCUGAAAAUAACGGGAGGCCAGUUUCUUCCUCUCAGGGAGGUGUAGUGACCAUGUGGUGUCAGAUUGGACUUAGAGCCACUGAUGUCAGUGCAUGUUUUUCAUACUUACAGGUAUAAAGGUAAGUAUCAAUAUCAAUGUGUAUACACACAGCAUAUGUGUUUGUGUGCGUGCAUGUAUUUGUGUUUCUGCCUACAUGUAUGCCCUGGCUCUGCCCACUAGGAAGGCCAGCAGCCACGAGCACACCCAGCACCCAGACUUUGCCUUCUGAAUGUCAUUCUCCACCAAACGGAGCCAGGGCUCCUGGGAAAAUGCCUUAGUCCAGCCUGGCCCAGGCAAAUACACGAUGAGCCUGGAAUACCUUGUUGUGCCAGAAAAUACAAAAAUAUUUAUGAUAACGACAUGUCAAAGGGAUACAGGAGCCAGCUUGAAGGGGUUCCCGCAUUUGAACAUUAACAUAAAUAACGAUAAUGAAUUGUUAUCCGCCGAGUAGAGUAAGAAGUCCUGAGUCCACAUGGGUGUAAACAGUGGUAAGAGAAAGUUUUUCCUUACAGUCAAUGGCAGCCAAGAAAUGAUGGGAUGAUGAGGUUUAGAAUCACCAUUUGGCAGCCAUCAUAGUGAUCAUUAAUUCAUCCCAGAAUCAUAAACAGAUGCUAAAACUAGUGGGUAAAAUUUGAUGAGAAAUGGGACAUUUCUAUAAUCUCAAAGUACCUCCCCCCAACAUGCCUGCUCAUCCCCAAGGGAAGAGCGUAGCUCUGCGGAGGAGGAGGCUGGCAGGCACCACGUGGGUCACGGGAAUACAGUUAAUGCCUUCAGUGACGCUACGAUCCAAACUGCGCACGGCUUCAUAAGGUGCAAUGAACAGAACACACCCCCAGGGGCCCAGGCCCGUCCCCUCCCAGUGCUGGCUCUUGCUCUGCCUGGCCUCCCUCCCCAACCUUGCUGCUCAGGGAAGGGCAGAGCCUGGGGCAGGGCGGAGGGGCCAGGGUCCUCCUGGUGUCCCUGGGAGGCUGGGGCUUGGCCAGGGCCUGACCACGCUCCAUUCUGCCCUAAUAAAGGCCUGCCGGGGCCAGCUCCCUCCUCAAGUGUGUUCCCACAAACACACUUGAGAGCCUUCUGGGAACAGGAGUGGCCGAAGGCAGGAUCCUGGCGAGACCGCCACGGGAAGAAAGCAAGGAUGCCCAGCAACUGCCAGUGCGGCCUGCCUCUGGCUUGCUGCCUCCUGGUCCUCCAGCGCCUCUCUCCACCCCACUCCUCUCAGGGGCUAAAGCAGAGACCGCUAGGAUAUUGUCUCUUGCUGCCUUGGAGAAAAAAUAUUAAAAAUCACUUCCUUUUUGUACCAAGCUCUGAAACAUGCACUUACUCUUCAUUUAUUUGAAAAAUAGUUAUAGGUGCCUGCUAAGUGCCCUCUGGGUACUCUAAUCCUCAUAAUAAGCCUAUGCAGUAGGUACUGUUGUCACCCUCAUUUUUCAGAUGAGGAAACUGAGGCAUAGCAAGUCUAAGCAGCAUGCUCCCAACAGCCUGCCACCCUAAGGAUGAAGGGGAUUAAAAAUUCUGUUCCUGGACACACAUCUUACAGCUUCUCUGAACUGCAGCCACAUGGUAAAGCCCCUUGGAAGGAUCCAAGUUCUUUUAAUAACUAGGGAACUCUUGAAUUUUUAUCAAAAGUUCCAGAGCAAGUUAACUACUAAUGAUAGCUCCCUCAGGAAAGGUGCUCAGUAGGACUUGCUGGUCCCCCCCCCGAGUAGCUGCCCUUGAGCCAGAAGGUGCCAGGUUAGCCUAUGGAAGGUGCCAGGCUGGCCCAUGGAAGGUGCCAGGCUAACCUAUGGAAGGUGCUGCCCACAAGCAGUUCAGGGGCCGUUAAGAACAGCACCAAGCCAGGGCAGUUUUGGGAGCAGCCUAACUCAAUGAGGGAAAGGUAACAUGGGCUUCAGAAGGCAGCCUAUGCCAGACAUGUCUAUAAAAUUCCUGCUGUCUAAAGUGGUAAAUAUGCCCAGGGACUUUUUUUUUUUUUUUUUAAGUCUAGGCUCUUGAAAUUUGACCAUCUUUACAAAUGGGGGAACUUGAGUCAGAACUGUGGAGUAAAAGGUGGAAAGCUUUUUAUGUGAUAAAUUUAAGUUCGAAUCCCAGCUCCGGCACUGGUUAGCUGUGGGACGCUGGGCGAGUUACUAACAUCAGGCUGGUCCCUGCACUGCACGCUCUCCGCGACUCCUUCACUCCCUUCUCGGGUCCGGUGGUCGCUAUGGACACGCCCAGCACAAAGGUGACUCAGUCACCUCGUGAUUCGGUCUUUGUCCCUAAGAAUACUGCAGUUUUAGAAAGACUCAUUCCACGUGCAACUAUCACUUGGCACUACUGUCAGGCUCUUUGAUUUAUUGUCCCCACUUUACGCAAUAAUGUUAUUUCCUUUGUAAUUCCGACUUUCCUCGCACUUGGAGGACCUGCUGGCCGUGGCAGCGGCUUGCCUUGGGAACAGGCAGUAAUGGGGAAGGAUUGUAAAACGGUAAUCGAACCAACUAAACGUGCUCUGCUUUUUAUUAUCACGAUGUGCCCGUGAUUCUAAACAAUGUCAGAGAUAAAAUAUUACUCAUUCCUGCCAGGCCGACUGCUCCCUUAACACCCGUCCCAGCCCCACACGCCUCUGCCUGUUGGCCAGGUGCGAUUAAUGACUUUCAUAGAACGCUCUGAAACAAACCCAGAACUGAAGUAUUAAAUAUUUAGUGGUGAAGUACCUGCCACUGACUUUCAUUGUCUGGGAAAAUUGCGUGAUGUAGGAAUCCUUUGUACUAUUCUUUCAACUGUUCUGUAGGUCUGACAUUUUGCUGACAUAAAAAGUUGAAAAGGAAAACAAAAACACUAAGCCAGACGCAGCCAAUCACCCUGGACUAACAAGUUCUCGAGCCCUGAUACCAGUCACCUGUUAGGGCCAUGAGCUUUUGUCUGAAACCUAACUUUGCUCAUGACUAUGAGCAUUUGUAAAUGGAAAGACCCCAGAGGAGCUUCUGUAGUGAGAUCAGUGUGGACCGUUAGCUGGGAAGGCCGAGUGGACAUUUUGAGGGCCCUUACAUAGGUGCCAGGAGCACCCUGUGGGCACCCACUAAUAGCUGGGCCCAGUCCUAGGGUGGCAUGAGGGACACAUAGGCUCAGGACAAGAGAGCCAGGCUUUUUCUGGCCCUCUGACCGUGUGACCUGACCAUGUCCUCCUUUGGCCACAAGUGGAGGAUGUCAGGGCCCAGGGCCCAGGCCAAGCCCCUGGAGGAGGUGGCUGACUACCUGUGCCCGGUACCCUGCCUGAAACCUGUGGCUGUCUCUGGGAUAGCUCACAGCCCUCAGGUGGCAAGGGGCUGCACAGAUGGUCCCGGGUGGCCUUCUCCAUAGGCAGGAAGGGCAGAGGUGACAAUGCCUGGAUGUCUCCCUGGCUGCUGGUCCCUGCGCUGCAGCAGGCGCCUGCAAGUCUAUGUUCUUCCUUCCACUGGGGCUCAGCCCUCUGGCCUCGGGUUGCUGGGGACCUCGACCUUCCAACCCAGCUAAGCACAGCUCCCACUUCAGCCCUGACUCCUGGCAGCUUUCCAGUAUCUUCCAGAGAAUUCCAAUUAUAAAUCCAGCUAUUGUUUCUUUAGCAUGUCAAUCCUGUACAAGUGCUUUGACCUACAUUAUUUGGCUUAAUCCUGGCAGCUCGGGAAGUAGGGAUGACCACGAGGCUCACCAAGCUGUAAUCCCAGCCCCCAAGAUGAGGACUCCACCACCUGAGGGGCUCAGACCUUCCUCCUUUCUCUCCUGACCACGGCCUGGCUUGGGCCCAGCCAGCUGAGCAGGCGGGCGGCUCUCUGACCCAGGCAGGUGCCCACAUGAGCAUGGUGACUGUCCCCUGCAUUGGACAUUUGCUGUUCCCAGCUCUCCAUGUUUGUCUGAUGAAGCCCAAUGACAGUGUGUUCUGGGCUGUCCUCAGUGCCCAGGCCGCCCAGUGCCUUGGUGUCUCCAAACUCAUCUCAUCCUCCUUGUGUCCUCUCUAUAGGCAGUAAAGUGGGGUGAGACUGAGGGGCUUCUGGGGGAACGAGGAGUGUGCCAGAAGCUGAUGGUCAGCCUGAGGCUGAGGAGGUUCCGGUUUAGGCCCCGCCUGGGCACCCCCCUCUGUGGCUCUCAGAGUGUCAGCAGGGUGAGGAGGGGCGGUGGGGCGACUUGGGUGCCGUGAGCGCUGCACGCCCAGGACCUGGGAGGUUAUCUCAGCGCCCCGCAGUCCUCCCUCAAGUGUAUUUGCUGUUGUGCAGAGUUGGGGCCUUGGCCCCCUGGUCUGAGCAGGUGUCCACCAGCCAAGCUCAGGAGGUGGAUGUGUACACCUAGAAAACCUGGGGAGGCCACCUCAGGAUGGAGCAGGAGGCAGCAGGAUGUCACUGGGCUCUGAUGGGACACUUAGCUGCGGUGGUCUUCAGCUCAAGGCCAGGGGCCAGGGUGACCAUGGCCCUCUGGACAGUGCCAGGGUGGGGGCUAUGGCUGUGAUGGGCACCGGGCCUCUCCUUUUGGGGGGUACCCUUUAAUCUGAGGUCCUUGAUGGUUAUUAAUGUAGUGUGAAUUAUGCAGCCGGCUGGUGGGAGCCAUCCUGCCUCUGCGAGGCAGGGGCGGGCUCUGAGCACCUCUGAAGGGUCCACAGUGGGUUUAAGGAACUCAGUGUGUGCAGGCAGGUGUGUGUGUGUACACGCAUGUGCGACCACACCAGCAUGUGUGUUCCAGAGAGGGGCAGUGUUCGACAAUGCCCAUCGCUUGCUAAGAGCAGUCUGGGACACCACAGUGGGCUCUCUUUCCCUGUGACGCUGCCCCGGGUCACUCACCUACCAUGGUAGCAGCUACAUUUUGAAGGCUCUACCUAGGCUAGCUCAUCGAGGGCUAAGUAGUCAGCUUUCAGGACACCCCAGAUUCCUUUCUCCCCAGAUCCUGGGGACCGUGUGCCCAAGCACGUCCCACAGCCUCCCCAUGCCUGGCCCCUGUUUACAUGUCGAGUUCCUGGGAAGGCUGGCCUGGUGCAGGCUCAAGGGUCUAACUCCCCACCCUCAGCCCAGACAGUGACUCAUGGGGGAGGUGCAGGAAUCCCAGGGAGGAGGGUGGCUCCUCCAGUUGCCAUUAAAUGGUGAUGAUCCCAUCGGACGUUUCUUGCAUGCUGGCCCUGUGCCAGCCCCUGUGCUGAACCUUUAUGCUCAGUAUCUCACAUCACCCUUAAAGGUCCUGGCGACAGUGGUUAGCCGGCCCAUUAUACAGGAAGGGGAACUGAGGCAGAGUCCCACGGCUCACAGUAGCCUCUCUAGGUCCUGGGGCUUUGUUGUUAACCCCUCCCUGUGCUCCUCAAAGUGUGACUCUGGGACUCAGGAGUCUCUGAAAGGCACCUGUCAAGUGUGACGAUUUCUGGGCCGUGCCCAGACUUAGGGACUCAAAACUCUGGGAAGAGGCGUAGGAGCCAGCAUUUCAGCCGUCACAAUCCCUUUCUCUAGGGUCCUAGCAAGUUCCUGGUGAAAUAACUGCCAGGUAAGGAGCUGACCACAGGAUGUGGGGGCAGGGAAGGCACCCCUGCUGGGUUUGCAUGGGGACAGUCUAGGGGAGCAGGAGGCUGGGGCCAGGCCCUCUUGGCUCUUCCUCGGUUCCCUCCAUCCCUGUCUAUCCCCGCCUUGGUAGGGUGAGGGGAGCAUGCAAAUGACUAAGGGGGAGGGUAUUGGGGCUGAGUGAACAUCGGCAGGAAAGGGCGGCCAGGGGGGUGGGAAGUGGGGUGUUCUUUUUCAGAAGGAAGUGGGGACUCCACCCAAGGGUUUCCAGUAGAGAAGUGACGUCGCUGGGGGGCUCGGGAGGGAGAAUGGAGGCUCCCUCAGCAGUCCGGGGAGGGGAGAGGGCCUGGACUCAGGGACUGAGGAGACAGGAGAGGGCGUGGGCCGGAGAGGAGGGGUUGGGGCCAGUUGACUUCAAUGUCCGGUGGGGCCUCCUUGGAGGUAUGCGAAGUGUGAAGCAGGAGGAGAUGGGGGUCAUAAGGACACAACGGACUAUGAUAACAGUCAGCAGCAGGAGGGCGGGUACAGCGUGGCGUCCCGGGUCACUCGGGCUCCACCUCUGCGGGUCUGAGGCGCAGUUUUCUCAUCUGUAAAAUGGGUUGUUGUGAGUGUUCUGCGAGAUAAAGGUGCUCCUGGAAGCGCCACAUCAACCACCGCCGAGGCCGUCUGGCUGGGUGCGGGUCCCGAGCCCCACGGGCUGCGGGGGCGGCGCUGCCCCCUGGAGGCGUUCCCGGCCUGCGACAGGCGGUGACGGGGCGGGCUGCGGGCCGGCCGCCGUCAGUCAGUCAGUCAGUCCGUCAGUCUCCCGGCUGCUGGCGCCGCGUCCGCUGGGCCGUGGGUCGGCGGGUGACGCCGCCCGGGACUCGGGACUCAGCAUGACUUCUCUCUGCCUCAAUUGCUCCGUCCUCCCCGGAGACCUGUCCUCCGGGGACGCAAGGGGCCCCAUGCCCUGCAAUGUCAGUGUAGUCAGGGCAGGCUUCGACCUGGAGGAUUUGAACCUGACCGACGAGGCGCUGAGACUCAAGUACCUGGGCCCCCGGCAGACGGAGCUGUUCCUGCCCAUCUGUGCCACUUACCUGCUGAUCUUCGUGGUGGGCGCCGUGGGCAACGGGCUGACCUGCACGGUCAUCCUGCGCCACAAGGCCAUGCGCACGCCCACCAACUACUACCUCCUCAGCCUGGCGGUGUCGGACCUGCUGGUGCUGCUGGUGGGCCUGCCCCUGGAGCUCUACGAGAUGUGGCACAACUACCCCUUCCUGCUGGGCACCGGCGGCUGCUACUUCCGCACGCUGCUCUUCGAGACAGUCUGCCUGGCCUCGGUGCUCAACGUCACCGCCCUGAGCGUGGAGCGCUACAUGGCCGUGGUGCACCCGCUCCAGGCCAGGUCCAUGGUGACACGGGCCCACGUGCGCCGGGUGCUCGCGGUGGUCUGGGGGCUAGCCGUGCUCUGCUCUCUGCCUAACGCCAGCCUGCACGGCAUCCGGCAGCUGCACGUGCCCUGCCGGGGCACGGUGCCCGACUCGGCCGUGUGCGGGCUGGUCCGCCCGCGGGCCCUCUACAACCUGGUGGUGCAGACCACUGCGCUGCUCUUCUUCUGCCUGCCCAUGGCCACCAUCAGCGUGCUGUACCUGCUCAUCGGGCUGCGGCUGCGGCAGGAGAGGCUCCUGCUCAGGCAGGAGGCCAAGGGCAGGGGUGCUGCAAUGCCCACGUCCAGCCACACCCACAGACUCCAGCUGCCGGAUAGGGGCCGGAGACAGGUGACCAAGAUGCUGUUUGUGCUGGUCGUGGUGUUUGGCAUCUGCUGGGCCCCGUUCCAUGCUGACCGCCUCAUGUGGAGCUUCGUGUCCCGCUGGACAGACGGCAUGCUCCUGGCCUUCCAGUACGUGCACGUCGUCUCUGGCGUCUUCUUCUACAUCAGCUCGGCCGCCAACCCUGUGCUCUACAGCCUCAUGUCCAGCCGCUUCCGAGACACCUUCCGGGAAGCCCUGUGCCUGGGGACAUGGUGCCGCCGCCACAGACCCCACCACAGCUCCCACAGCCUCAGCAGGGUGACCACAGGCAGCACCCUGUGUGACUUGGGCUCCCCGGGCAGCAGGGCCCACCCCCUGGCUGAGAACGGUGGCCCAGAGGGACAGUGAGAGACUGACCCCUCCCGAGUGGAGCCUCAAAGCGCUUCACCUGGAGGGGCCAGAGGACCACACGGAGUCUGAGGAGACACAGCUGCCUUCCCCCGCAGGGAUGUCCUCAUGGCCUGUCCCCCUGUACGUCCUGUCCCCAGUUCAGCCUAGAAUCUCUGACCGGCACCUCAGUGACUCCCGGCCCCACCCAUGUAUUUGAGAUUUGAGGGAAACUGCAAGGGAAAGGACCAGUCCCUGAUUAUCGAGGACCCACCUCGUGCCAGGCACCGUAUCAUGUGCUUUUGAUCGCUGCAGACCCCCAGAGCCCAAGUCCUUCCCCUACUGACGCAUCGCAUUCCUCUACAGUUAGCUGGGCUCCGCAGUCAUCCUUCUGGGGACUCCCUGCCAAUUUCUGAAACGUUUCUGCGGGGCCCCAGCUUUCUUCUCGUUUCUUGUGGAGCUUCUGCAGGUUCUGGCAGGGGUGCCAGGGAUCCAGGGCAUCUGGAUCCCUGGCAAUCUCAGCCCUGCUGCCGCCACUUUGCACCCAGCAAAUCUGCCCAUCUUUCUUUCUUUCUUUUUUUUUUUUUUUGAGACAGAGUCUCAC